CUGGGAUUUUGUAAAAUUCCACACUGCCUGACAAGCACAUGACCUGAGAUUGUACAUAUAUAUAAAUGUGAAACGAGCAGCAUGGACAGACCAGGAGGGGCGACGAAGCUGAUGAUUAGGGAGACCAGGACGACGACUGCAACCUCAGGAUGGACACACGCGUGCUGCUGGUGAUGCUCGCUGCCACCGUCCUGCUUGUGCAUGAAACACAUGGCCUGGGUAUGGGCGACCUCAGAGACUGCAUGUGCCAGAAAUACGAAACCAGAUUCAUCCCGGCGUGGAGACUGAGGAGAGUGCAAAUCCUUCCCAGGGGACCCCACUGUUUCAUCACAGAAGUGAUAGCUACCUUGGUAAAAGGUGAGAAGGUCUGCUUGAAUCCCAGUGCCCUGUGGGUGAAAAGGCUCGUACAGAAGUUCUGGGAGAAGCAGAAACUGAGACAAACCUGAGACCCCAAGUUUAAAGUGAUCAACUGGGAGAAGCAUGGAGGUAUGAGGGGUUGAGAAGGAGCAGAUGAAUAACCCAAUGGACCCCCCCCCUCC